UUCUUCACCACACGUUUCGGAAGUGCUCUUCGUCACUUCUCAAAGACUGGACCAUGGCGCUCCUACGACUCCAGCUGCAUCUGUCUCUGGUGCACUUCCUCCCCUCGGACAUAGCUCCACCAACAAAUGUGGACAACGUGUUAGACUGCUUCAGCUCUUGCUUGAGAUACCAGCAGUGUGUCUCCCUGAUUUACGACAGGAACAACAAACAGUGCUACACCUAUCCAGGCAGGCUUGAAGUUCCCUUCUGGGGAGCUGACAUCAAUACUGACUUGGACAUUUACAACACCAACAGAGAUGGAUAUGGUUGUCCAAGUCAUCUUGGAUAUGAUUUUAAUUCCACGGUGAAUGCGUGUUUCAAAAUACAUGAUGACGUUCAAACGACGCACUUUAAUGCUGCUAGCAUCUGCGUCGCCGACGGUGGUCAUCUCAUCAGAAUCAAUUCAAGUGCCAAGGAUGAAUUCUUGUCUGUCGUUUGGCCAACUGGAUCUGUUCAUGUCGAUGGCGCGUGUAGAGGGGACGAAGGCUGGAUUUACUCGAAUGGUGACAACAUAACCUACUUCAGGUGGAGGCCAGGUCAACCAAGUGACACCUGCGGCGUUGGAUGGUGGAGGUGUCUGGAAGCAAACUCGUCUGGUUGUAACGACGUCUCAUGUUACCUUCUUAUGCCAUUUAUAUGUGAAAUCGACAUAUAAAGCAGUGUAUGGUACACGAUUUGUAAUUUUACAAAUGAUUAAUCAUUUGGAUCAAAGUGAACCGUAUACAACAAUAGCUUGUCAUCGGUACGUUUUCUCCUCCUUCAUUACUGUUCAUUUUGGCGGUUAACCACUUCGAUAACGAUCGUUACAAACAACACGCAGGUAUCCUCAUGCUUUAUUGCCCUUUAUCAUUCAAACAUUAGAGCUUACUUUAAGCAUGGCCUUUAUCAUGAUUUGAAUGUUGUUUUCACAACUUAAAGACUGACGCAUGUACGUGCCUACAUCACACGGCUUAGGCAAGCCGACUAAAUGACUAAAUUGUAUGUUAGGUAUUGUUGGUGAACUAAGCUUUUUGCUUUGUUGUAGGGGUUUUAGUGGGAAGAAGAGUAUAUGGAGAAGCUCACUGAUCCACUGUCUGCUAAUAUCAAUUAUAUCAA